AUGGCUGAUUACCAUGUCUACUUCACCAUCUUUCUCAUGUCCUUGAUCACGACCAUCUUGGUCCGCUGGUCGUUAUCCAAAUCAAGUGAUGCUAAAUAUCAUCUUCCACCAAGCCCGUUUUCCCUUCCAAUCAUUGGACAUCUCCACCUACUUGCUCCGAAUCCUCAUCAAGCUUUUCACAAACUUUCUCUCCGACAUGGGCCAGUUUUUCGUAUCUUUCUGGGCUCUGUACCUUGUGUUGUUGCAUGCUCCCCAGAAAUGGCAAAAGAAUUCCUUAAGACCUAUGGAAAUGCUUAUUUGGAUCGACCCCAAAACUCAGCCGUGGUUUACCUAACUUAUGGAUCAAAAGACUUCUCUUUUGCUCCCUAUGGAUCGUAUUGGAAGUUCAUGAAGAAGAUAAUCACCUCACAGCUCCUAAAUGGGACAACACUUGAUAUGCUCCUUCCAAUUAGGCGUGAUGAGAUUAAUCGUUUAAUGAAAUCAAUAUCUCACAAAGCCAAAAUUGGGAAAGCAGUGGAUCUUGAAGGGGAGGUGGUGAAGAUCACAAACAAUGUGAUAUCAAGAAUGCUUAUGAAAGAAAGAUGUUCAGACAAAGAUGACGAGGCAGGAGAAAUGAGGAUAUUGGUUGCUGAGAUGGCUGAGAUCAUGGGUAGGUUUAACCUUUCAAACUACAUAUGGUUCAUUAAGAAUCUAGACUUCCAGGGAUUCGAUAAAAGGUUGAAUGAUAUCGGUAGAAGAUUUGAUACUUUGAUUGAGAGGAUCAUUAAAGAUCAUGAAGAGACACGAAAACAGAAGGGGAAUGGAGAAGUGAAGGACCUGCUCGACAUUUUACUCGAUAUCUCCGAAGAUGAGAGCAUGGAGAUAAAGUUGACUAGAGAGAACAUCAAAGCCUUCAUUAUGGAUAUAUUUACAGCGGGAACAGACACUAGUGCGAUUACCAUCCAAUGGGCUUUAGCAGAACUCAUCAACCAUCCGAACAUCAUGAAGAAAGCAGUAGAAGAAAUCGAAAAAGUUGUGGGAAAAGACAGACUUUUACAAGAAUCAGACAUACCAAACCUUCCUUAUCUUCAAGCAAUCGUGAAGGAAACCCUACGACUCCACCCAGCAGCCCCAAUGAUACCAAGACAAUCAACAGAGGAGUGCACUGUGGCAGGUUACUUUAUUCCAGCAAACACAACUAUUUUUGUCAACGUGUGGGCCCUCGGAAGAGACCCAAAUCAUUGGGAAAACCCACUUGAAUUCAAGCCUGAAAGAAUCCAAGAGAGACAGUUGGAUGUUAGAGGACAACACUUUCAGAUGUUACCAUUUGGAAGCGGAAGGAGGAUGUGUCCUGGGAUUUCAAUUGCGUUGUCCUUGAUACAAGCAACACUUGGAGCCAUGAUUCAGUGUUUCGAGUGGAAGGCUGGGAAAGAUGGAAACCUAAUUACUGUUGAUAUGGAAGAGGGACACGGGCUCUCACUUGCUAGAGCUAACCCUUUGGUUUGUGUACCAAUCAUUCGACUUGAUUCCCUCCCGUUGCCAACCUAA